AUGGAUAAGUAUCCAGAAAUGAAGACUUACAACCUUGCUAUAGAUAAUACGCUUAUUCACAGCUCAGCGACUAUAAGAAAGUUCCUGGAAAAAGAAUUAGCUAUAACUAGAAUUGGCAAGGCUUGCGAUAUUUUAUACUUACGCGGUUACAUGGGUUUUAUCUCAUUCAGCGAAAUGUUUUGGCACUGCAUCAUUCUUCAUGCUGAUAAAAUUGUGCAUAUAAUCCCGUCUCUGUCAUUAAGUGAGAACCUUUUAUUGCGAGUUUUUCUAGACCUCUCAUUAUAUGACACAUCUUCUCCAUAA